CUGACGUCACUAACAAUAUGGCUGCCAUCAGCGAUGCGAAAGGAGCGAAAAGGAGGGUGUGAUUACCCAUCUAUUCCCAGCAUUUAGUUACAUUUUCACUAAGUUUGACAGAUUUUGAGCUCGUCUAUUGAUUGCAAAUUCUUUUUAUCCUAAUCUCGACACCUAUUAUCAGUCAUGGAGGGUUCAUUCUUGAGUCCAGCAGAGCAGCAGUAUUACCCCGAGCUCUUCAGCAGAUCAGACAAGGAAAGCUCCGGCCGAGUUCCGGCCCAGCGUGCGAUGAGUUUAUUCAAGUUGAGUCCGCAGCUCUCCGGCGACGUAAUUCAGAAGAUUAACGAGCUUUGUGGAGCCGGGCGGUUGGGUUACUAUGGCAGGAGUCAGUUUUAUUGUGCACUCAAGAUGAUCGCGAUGGUACAGAAUGGUCUUCCACUCCCCAGUUCUGUGGAUUUUGUAAUGCAAGCUAGAAUAGAAGUUCCUCUGCCAGAGUUUGGUGAUGAAGUUACCCCUCCUCCAAGAAAAAAAAGUGAAACAGAUCCUAACAGUCAGAUGGAGUUUGUCAAUCCAGCCUUCAACAUUGCAGAUACAGAGUUCACUCUCGUGGACAGGAAAGGCAGUACUCUUGCCAGCGUGCCACCCCUCAAACCUACGAGACCGGACAACAGUAAUGCAGCAUUCGUCCAGCCCAAUUCAUCUCCUACCAACAUUAUUCAGGCUCCGUCAUCACCUCCCGUGUCGCCUACCCCGAGUUCUCCUUCGUUCACCCCCCUGCCGGUAGUCUCGCCAGGCAGGACCUCGGGCAGCUUAGAGCGGAACCAAAGCCUACCGGCCAGCAUGGUUCUGGAUGCAGAAGAGACGGAUGCCCCAACAGCAAAGAGGCUGGAGAAACAGACUAGCGCACCUCCCGCUCCAACAUUGUCAAAGACAGAAGAGGGCUGGGCAUCAUUUGAGAAGGUGGUGGAUGAAGAAGAAGAAGUAGAUGAAGGGCCGGAUACGUCAUGGGCAAUGUACACAGGUGCGGUCAGCCCCUCGUCCAGUUGCUCGUCCAUCUCGGCCCCCGAAUCCUCCCAUCACACCUCCGAGUCGCCCAUCGACAGCAGGAGUGGGGUGGCUGACAGCCAGGAGGGGGAUGCGGAGGAAGAAGAGGAGGAGGAGGAUGAAGAGGAGGAGGAGGAUGAGGAGGAUGACGAAGAGGAAGAGGAGGAGGUGGGAAAAGGAGGUGCGGACAUGGAGGAGGAGGAUGUAUGGAGCAUCAACAAAGAGCAGAGAGAGUACUACUCGAACCAGUUUAAGAUGCUGCAGCCCGACCCAGUGGGGCUACUACCAGGUGGAGAUGCGAAAGGAUUCUUUGAGAAAUCUAAGCUUGCAACGGAAGAACUCUCCAAAAUCUGGCAACUCUCUGACGUCAACAAAGACGGAACACUUUCCCUGGAGGAGUUCUGUACAGCCAUGCACCUGGUAGUCCUCAGAAAACACAACAUUCCACUCCCCGAUGAGCUACCCCAAUGCCUCUUCCCUAAGAUGCCCACGCUCAAUGGCGACGGUCCAGUCCCGGUCAAAAGCACCACGCCCGUUCCUAUUCCAGGCUCCCAUGCCCAGCCCAUCACCACGACAACCAUCCAUCCGAUCCAGCCCCACGCCCACACGGGUCGCAGCGUGACCCCGCCCUCGUCGGGGUCAGAGAUGAAGAAUGCCGAUGAUAAUUGGGCGACUUUCGUGGACUCGCCUUUCCCUGGGCCGCCGUCCCCCUCUUCCCAGCCUCCGGUCAGCUUUGAUUUUGCCUCCAUCUCACCUGACCCAGAUGCAAAGAUCUUUCAGCCGAUCGCAUUACAUCUUGCACCCGACGGUAAGCCGGUUCAACCCGAUCCAGAGAAUUCAGAGUCAAGACCAAGGACGUUUUCAGCCGCCCCUCCCUGCCAAACGGGAGAGGGGAUGAUCGAGCAGGUAGCAUCCCACCCCCGUGUCCCUAGAAACCGAUCCAGUGAAUUGGAGGACAACGGGUCUCACUCGGGUGCGGCUAUCAGUAUGCACACCCCAGGGCGACUGCCCCUGUAUAGGCAAGGAGCGGUCACCACAGAGACCGGAGGAGAGUCACCAAGAGGAGGCCCUCGACCCCAGCACGGGUCUCACGCCCACCUUCAAACCUCAAAGGUUGAACAGUCGCCUGCAGAGCAAGAGCGGAAUGCAGGAGAGUCGCGAAGGGCAUCUGUUCCAUCUCGGUUACUGCUGCCCCCUCCAAAGGGGGCAGUGCCGUCCCCCUCCAAUAGCAAAACCAAGAGGAAAGCACCCCGCCCUACGGAGGAAAUGACCCAAGAUGCUGGUAGACGGCGAUCAAAGGAGGGCACUGUUGACUCACGCAGUGCCAUGGCUUACGCAGGUUCGACCCUGCCCCGGCCAAGGCUCACCAAAUCUAUGAAUUCAGCUUUGUUGAAAGGUGCUCUGCCCCCUCCCAGCUCAGAGCCAUCGGGGACAGGGGUGACUGCUCCACCCCUACCCCCUAGGAAACAUCAGCGCAAUCAUUCUCGUUCCAGCUCGCUUGAUCUUAAUCUUGUGUUCCAGGACGAAAAAUCAAGCGGCAGUGUUUCAUCGCCCCGUCCAGUAAUACCGCCCAGACCUACAGCUCAGCAAGUACAACAAAGUAAAACACUAAGCAUGGACAUUUCAUCGACGGAACACGACUUUGCCGAUUUCAGCAAGUUUGAAGCCAAGAAGGCGAAGUCGGCGAGUUUGAAGCUGGACAGGCGAGUCGUGUCGUUAGACUACAACAACAGAAUGACGGAGCCGACAUUCGCCCCCGUUCCUCCUCCAAGGCCAUCGGCUAGUGAAGAGGAUCUGGUAGAAGAGCAAGACGGAAAGCUGUCACCGCCCAACCUGACUAACAAGGAGAGACAUCUCUCUGGGGAUACAGAAGCAGAAAAGAGAAGAGAUCAGUUCUCCAAGGAGAGGAAGAGACAUUUAUCAGCCCCGGUAAACCUUGGAGUCGCAGAGAUCCGGACGGGCGACCGCAAGUCGGUCCAGGCGCGGAUCCGCCAGGAGAAGGAGGAGAACACGAAGCUUUCACGGCACAACAGCGAGAUGCAGCAGGAGCUGAGAGCACUCACCGACCAACGUCUUGCCUUGGAGAUCAGCCUAGAGAGAUUGCGUCCCUUCACGGCCAGCUAGUCCAGGCUCAUCGUCCUAUCUUUAUUUAAUAUAUUGUACAGUAGAGGAAAAAACAAUUGGUGUUUUUUUUAUAUAUUAUGAAGAAUUCGGAUAACGGUCCCAGUUUAAUGGACUGUGUUGGGUCGCCAUUUUAAGCCAUUGCCCAUGAGAACUGCUUAGUCCCUGUAGUAAGUUUGUAGGGGUGGGAGAAUCCAGAAGCGAAUUGGUUAGAUUUUUUUUCUUCUCAUGACCUACAAAUGGUCCAUUGGUAGUGACUGAUGUAGGCAGAAUGGUAUCCCUUCUUAACUUGCUUUGACAUGCCUAGCCUGGAACAUCUUAACUUGAAAAAUUGACCCAAAAUGUAGGUUUUGGUGUGUUUAUUUAGCCCCAAAGAGAGGGCAUGUUCAAAAGACCUAGGGCGAUAUUCUGAGAUUCAUUUUAUCGUAGAUAAAAUCUGUCUUUAUCUCAGUGAGAUAAAAUACCUAUAAAUUCCUUCUUAUAUCAGUGUUUGAGAAUCAUUUUAGUGAGAUUUUAUCUCACUAAGACACGCCCAUUUGUGAUGCGAUAACCAAUUAGAAAUGUUGUAAGAUUGCACUCUCUUCAGUUUCAGCCAAUGAAAUUA